GUGGACGAGAACAGUUUGCUCUUAUAAAUCAAAGGAAUUGGAGGUGAAAAUUAAGAUUUAAAGUAUGAAAGUUGCAGCAUUGUUUUUUAUUCUUGUGGCUUGUGCUUAUGCUAACCCUAGGAAAUAUCAUUAUAUUCCAACUGAACAAUUUCAAACUGAAGAUGUGGAUGAUGAUGUAAUGCAUCCUGAUGCCGAUGAUGAUGAGCCAGAAGUAAGACCAUUCGCAGUUCAACCAGAAGAACUGACAAAAGAGCACUGGAUUCAACAUGGACGUGACUUUGUUGAAAGGCAACUGAAUAAAGCUCCAAACACAAAGAAAGCCAAGAAUAUCAUCUUGUUUAUUGGUGAUGGAAUGGGUCAUACAACUGUUGCUGCAACAAGAAUGGCAAUGGGUAAUGAGAACAUCAAACUUUCAUUUGAAGAGUUUCCAUACGUUGCAAGUUCAAAAACCUAUUGUGUUGAUGAGCAAGUCGCUGACUCAGCUUGCACUGCGACAGCUUUCUUGCAUGGUGUCAAAGGAAACUCAAUGACAAUUGGAGUUAAUGGAAAUAUGAGAUAUAUGGACUGUGUUGACACAAAUAACCGUAAUAAGUAUACAGAGUCCAUUGCACUUUGGGCUCAAAAAGCUGGAAAAGCCUCAGGAGUUGUCACAAACACAAGAAUCACACAUGCAUCACCAGCUGGUGUUUACGCUAAUACAGCAAGUAGAUAUUGGGAAGAUGACAAUGAAAUUAGACUUGAUGGAUGUCCUGCAGGCACAAUUGAAGAUAUUGCAAUGCAAUUAGUCCAUGGUGAAGUUGGAUCAAACUUGAAUGUCCUCUUAGGUGGUGGAUCUCGUGCCUUCAUCCCAAAUACUGAGACUUCACAUCGUGCUAAUGGCAGAAGACGGGAUGGUCGUAAUUUGAUCAAUGAAUGGUUAGCAGCUAAGCCAGGUCGUACUUAUGUCAAUAAUCGUGAAGAUUUUAUGAACUAUGACAUUAAUAGAGAUGGAGAUCUGUUUGGAUUAUUCAAUGCUACUCACAUGAGCUACAAUCUUGAUCGUACUCGUUGGGAGCUACAAGAUCUUGAACCAACUUUAGAAGAAAUGUCAGUCAAGGCUGUUGAUAUCCUUAGCAAGAAAGAAGAAGGAUAUUUCUUGUUCGUUGAAGGUGGACGAAUCGAUCAUGGACAUCAUGCAACCCAAGCAAGAAUGGCCCUUGAUGAGACUAUUGAAUUCCAAAAAGCAAUUAAGUCUGUUGUUGACAAAGUCAAUCUUGAAGAAACUUUGAUUAUUGUAACAGCUGAUCACGGACAUGUUUUCACUAUUUCUGGAUAUCCACAUCGUGGAAAUGAUAUUUUUGGACUAACAGCAAGCAAUGCUCAAGAUGCAAUGAGGAUCUUUACUUUGUCUUAUGCUAAUGGACCUGGAUUUAAUACACAUAGAGUCGGUGGACAACGUGUCAAUCCAAAUACAUUGGACCGAACACCAGUCGAUUUUAGAUAUCCUGCAAUGGUUUUACUAUCAUCAGAAACUCACGCUGCUGAAGAUGUAGCUAUAUAUGGAAUCGGACCAUGGGCACAUUUGUUACAAGGAACUGUUGAACAGAGCGUAAUUCCCCAUGUGAUGGCAUAUGCUAGCUGUCUUGGUAAUGGAAAGAAAAUGUGUGAUAAUGAGGAACAAUAAAUAAGGAACUUACAAACACAAAUUUAAUUUUAAAGAUUGUUAUUGAUUGUUAAAUGGAUU